UGAAGCUCCAGCCUCAAGCUCAAGGCACAGCACAGGUACCCCAUACAGGCACAAGGGCCAAGGGCUCUCUGUCUCUCUGGUGGCUCCUGAACUUUGACUCCAAAACCUCAGGACUUGCAAACAAAGCAACCAAGUGCUCCAAACCUACCCCUACCCAGAAUCUCUCUAUUCCUUAGGCACUCUUCUGCACACUGCACACUGCAUCCUGCACACUAUGUUAUGCUGAGGUAGCUUUCGGCGUUAUUCUCUCAGCAACAACACUGAGUACCGUCUGCCGUCCAGUGUUUGGAAUACCGAAUACCGAAUACACCCCUCCCCCCACUGCUAGUCGCUUCGAAGCUGCCGCAGCGUAAACAACCACCAUCAUGUCUUUUCUAUUCGGUCGGAGACCACGAACCAACACCGUUGAUCUGUCCAAGCAAGCCCGGGAGCAGAUCCUCAAGCUAGAUGGACCAGGCGGGGCUGCAAAGGUACACCAAAUCCGUCACUAGGUGCUGGUGCUGGUGGUGGUGGCAUGGUAUGGCGUGAGGCGUUGUCGCUGACCUUUGCAUAGGCCGAAGAGCUGGCCAAAACUCUGAGCCAGAUGAAAUAUGCCUUGCAAGGAACUCAAGGUAAAUCCUCACGUCGAUCCUUGGUGAUGUGCCAAUAUUCUAACACCAAAAUCAACAGAAGCCGAGGCAGCCCCCGAUCAAGUACACAGUCUGGUGAUGGGGAUGAUCCAAGAAGACUUACUCUACCUUCUCGCCGUGAAUUUGCACCGACUCCCCUUCGAAUCCCGAAAAGAUACCCAAGUAAUAUUCUCCCAUGUCUUUCGUUUCCGCCCUCAAUCUGCCUCACCGAAGAGCGAGCCAAUGGCCCUCAGUUAUGCCAUAACCAACCGAACCGAAGUGUUCAUAGAGCUCUGUAAUGGAUAUGAUCACAAGGAGAGUGCUACGCCCGCCGGAACUGUUUUGCGAGAAGUGUUGAAGAAUGAGCAGGUGGCUGCCAUCAUUCUAUAUCAUGAACCAGUAGAGGGAGGAGGGGUAAACACAAAGGGUCUUUCGGGAAUACAAAUAGAUGCAAAGCAGAGUGGCAAGGGCGUUUUCUGGAAGUUUUUCAAAUGGAUUGAUCAGGGUUCCUUUGAGGUUGGAGCGGACGCAUUUACUACAUUUAGAGUAAGUUCUCCAUCAGGCAACCGGAGAUUAAUGACUCACUGGAUUAGGAAUUAUUGACGAGGCACAAAUCGGUGGUAGCACAGUAUUUGGGCACCAACUUCGACCUAUUUUUUGAUCAAUACAACAAUACUCUCGUCAAGUCGGAAAGUUAUGUCACAAAACGGCAAUCCAUCAAACUGCUUGGAGAGAUUCUUUUGGAUCGAGCAAAUUAUGCUGUGAUGACGGCUUACGUUGACCGAGGAGAACAUUUGAAGAUUUGUAUGAAUCUUUUAAGAGACGAGAGAAAGAUGGUUCAGUAUGAAGGGUUCCACGUAUUCAAGGUUUUCGUGGCGAAUCCACACAAAUCGAUUGCAGUACAAAAGAUUCUUCUCAUUAACCGAGACCGAUUAUUGGUCUUCCUGAAGCAUUUCCUGGAGGAUCGGACCGAGGAUGAACAGUUUAUCGAUGAGCGAGAAUUUUUGAUUAAGCAGAUAAAGAACAUGCCCCCUACACCCGUUGAGCCGACUCAAAAGCCGGCUCCUUUGGGAUCGCAAUCGCGUUAGGAUGAUUAUGAAGUUUUUCUUAGGAGUGUUGUUGUAAUUACGAAUCGGGCAUUGCGGGGUAUGAGCAUGGAGUUUUGGGC